AUGGGUUCGACUCAAUUCGGGAAUUUCCACGCAGACACUGACCACACGCCCUUGGGUGGGUAUGACAGGACUUCUGUCGCGACUCGACAUUACCCGUCUGCAAUGUUCCUUUUCGCCGUCAACCAGCCUCCCAACAAGGCUUUUGAUGGAUGUGUGCUCACCGGGAUUGACCUGAGCGGGGGUCGGAACCUCAGCAAUUUAGGCUCAAUUUUGCUGGCAUUCAUCGCGAUCGUGGUCUCGGCGGUUUUGAUUUGGAGGUCGGACAAGAAGCACGCCGCCGUCGGGCGUCGGGAGAUGCAAUUGUUCCUGGCGGGGUUUAUCGUAAUAGAGAUCUGCGAGAUUUUCACCGUGGGUGGUAUCCCACUCGAUGAUUCCGUUCGAAAGGGCUUUUCGGCGGUACAUGUUGCCGCAAUCACCGCGACGUGUUGGAUUCUUUUCUUAAAUGCGCUGGUGGGCUUCCAACUUCUCGAUGAUGGCACACCAGCCUCGCUUGGCUUGAUCGCCGCAUCUGCCGUGGUCCUGUUCAUCGGUACGGGGUACAUUGCCCUGGACACUGCAUUUGAUUGGACCGGCCAUUUCCAGCCCAGCGUGACGGGCAGCGACAACCGUAAUAUCGGUCUCUACGUGCUGUACCAGCUCUUCCCGCUGAUUUGCCUCGUCUUGUUCUACUCCUUCGAGGCCGUUCUGGUGCUUCGGGUGCUGGGCGAGUUCCGGCCUAUGAUGUACCUUUCGGGUGCUGCAGUGCUGUUUGCCAUCGGUCAGAUCUUUACCUAUGUAAUCAGCACUCACCUGUGCCAGGCCUCGGGCGGAAAGAUCAACGGUGCCCUGUUCGAAACUCUGUUCACCCUUCUGGCGGUUGUUGGUCUCUGGACCUUCUGGAGCAGUAUCACCGAAGAUGACUGGCCGCUGCCUGUGGGAGGUGGAUACAACUAA